AUGUCUGAAUUACUACAGCGCUUCGAUAGCUGUCAAAAUCUUUCCGUCAAAUUUGACGACGACGAAGAAGAUGCUGGCCGAAAAACACCUCUAACCGUCAGCCGCAGAUCCAGUAGCCGCGGUGGGCCUACGAAACGCUCCUCAUCUCGCUCUGGCAUGCCCCAAAACCUUCGCCCGAUUGCCGAAAAGCGAGUCCAUGCCCCAGAGUCUGACUGGAUUCGAAAUGCCUUCUUGGCCAUCAGCCCUCGGGAAGAGUUGUUUCUCCAGCGUCUUGAUGGUGAUACAGAUUUUGUGGACCUCGUUGCCAUCCGGAACACCGGAAAUAGCAGCGUAAUGUUUAAGAUUAAAACUACCUCCCCUGAAAAAUUUCGGGUGCGGCCUUCGACCGGACUAAUUGGACCUGGCGUUACCGAGUCUAUUCGAGUAUAUCUGCAGAAUGAGUACCGCCUAUCGGCCGGCCGCGAAAAGUUCCUGCUCCUUGGCCUAGAAACCGAGAGCACUAGCGUUGAGCAGUUUAGCGAUUUGUGGAAGAGCGCGCCGGCUGAAAGGAGGGUCGAGCAAAAGUUGAAGUGCCGUGUGAAUUUGCCAGCCGAGGAGCAGAAUGGAGCCGCAGUUAAUGGGCAUACGACGAUCGAGAAACGGGUGCUGCAGGAUCAGAAUUUGAGCUUGCGCGAUGAAGUCGAACGUCUUGCCACUGGCCAACGUGCCUUGAUGUGGGCUAUUGGACUACUUUUCUUUAUUCAAUUGUGGCUUCUCCUUUCUGAUAGAUCCAGCGCAACAACUCUGGCCGCAGCUAUUACAGCUCUACAAGAAGCUCAACUAAAAUCCAACAAGGGAGAACUA